UUUUCUUAGUGUGGUACAAAGGGUUUUAAUCAGAAGAAAGGCAGUAUUUUUAGCUUUUGUUCAAAACUAUUCUACUGAGAAGUCCCUUUGGUGAGGGGGACUUUUAAUUAAGCCAGCCUCCCCCGCCUCCAUCUCUGGGGCUGUCCGUAAAGGAGUGCUCUGGCACUCCAGGGCCCCACGUGACACACUGUGAGACCCCCCCAAGGCAGGCGGUGGAUAGGAUCCUGGGCAUCUGUGACUUGCCUACACAAGGCCCCGCACCUGGUGUCAGAAACGCCAUCCAGUGUUCGUGUCAUUAACUCAAAGGUCAAAUGCUGACAUUUCUGUUCCUUAUUUUGUUUUUUUCACUAAUGCUCAACAUAUUCAUUGGGUUUCAUAUAUUCAAAGUAUCCACUGUUAGGUCACAAAAAGGUUUCAUCUUGACCAAAAAAGAAGGCCUAAGUCAAUGCAAUAAUGUCUGAAACCAGAUAUGUUUCCUGUGUCCCCAAGUUGGGGUUUUCCAAUGACGCUAUGAUCCAUCUAACCUUUGGCUUUUCAUCUGCUCUCACCUCAGAAAAAGAAAUCACUAAUUUAUGUCUCAGUUCAACUUAAUUUUUUUCAUUUUGUGGUAGCUGAUUUGAGCUAAGAUAUUGUCAGCAAUUGAAUUUCCCAGCUCCCACAGGGACCCCACCGGAAGCUCUUCCCUGCUCCUAGCUCAGGCAGGGCCUUCAGAUGGAACCAGCUCAGGCUGGCUGAGCAGUGGCAGUAGACUCUAGCACCUUUAGGGCAUUCAGCUGAACUUGUUUGAAAAGUUAAGGAAUUGCUGAUAAGGUCAAUAGAGAGCAUUCAACACCCACAUCUUACAGGGAGGAAAACUGAGCCCUAGAGAAGUGAUGUGAUUUGGGUUAAACAGCUUGUGAAGGCCAGAGAACAUCUGGGACCCAGGUUUCUGACUCUCAAUGCCUGGUGACCCUUACACUCCAGCACGUGUUCCUGGACACCAUGCCCUAAGAAUGGUCUGGUGGCAGAGGUGGCCCAGGCUCUGCCAUUGGGAAAUGGGAGGCAUGUCCUUCAGGUGGUUCUCAAGGAUUUGGUUGUUGUAGCCAACCCUCUUCAUUACUGUAUUGUUCUAGAAGUUUCAGCCUAGUAAGUUUUAAGGCGGCUAUGUCCAGAAAUGAAGCUUGUGCACCAUGAUUAUACCCCUUUUCAGAAUGAAAACUCAGGCGGUGAGACAGUUGGCAAUUUGGGCUUUGCCUCGUGAUGGUAAAGAUGUGGGAAAUACAUUUUGGUAUGAACCAAGAGAACAUGUGGCUUUUAAAUCUGAAACUGCACAUGAACAUUACUGCUCAAAUGUGUGCCGAUGAACUUUAGAUGGUCCCUUGCUCCUCCCUUGGACUCUAAUUUUCUUUAUGAGAGGCGUGUGGGCUGAUCCCAUGUGGCCAGGUGAGAUAUAUGGAAAAGAGGCACAUUUUUGCCCUUCUUUUUGGUGUCCGCAUCCGGAUUACCUAAACCCCACCCAGAUUGCAUUUACAGAGCAAUGAAAAACCGGAAUUUUCUAUCCGGGAAUCACUGCAAAUCCUGGGCCUCAGGUCUGCGGGGUGUGUCAGGCCAGUUACGGGAAGGAUGGGUACAGUGCAGACAGGCUGAGCAAGGAGAGAGCAGGACCCACAGCCAGGGCACCGGGCAGCUGACUGCUGAUGUCCGCUUGUGUGUCUGGCCAUGGAGCCAUCUGCCUGCCCUCCUGUAGAAAGACCAAGAAAAGAAGGUGGCUUCUUGAGUUUCUGCUGUCGAGGGCCCUGCAGCACAGCAGACAAAAGCCAGACAAGAAGCCCCAAACUGUCUCACAGUCCUCAACCUCCCAAUUUUGGUGACCCAAUCGAGCAUUUGUCGGAGACGUCUGGUGAUUCUUUGGAAGCCAUGUCUGAAGGAGAAGCUCUAAGUCCUUUUUCCAGAGGCAGCCGGACACGAGCGAGCCUUCCGGUGGUGAGGUCAACCAACCAGACAAAAGAAAGAUCUCUGGGGGUUCUCUAUCUUCAGUAUGGAGAUGAAACCAAACAGCUCAGGAUGCCGAACGAAAUCACAAGCGCAGACACAAUCCGUGCUCUUUUCGUAAGUGCCUUUCCACAGCAGCUCAGCAUGAAAAUGCUGGAGUCGCCCAGUGUCGCCAUUUACAUCAAAGACGAAAGCCGAAAUGUCUAUUAUGAAUUAAACGAUGUAAGGAACAUUCAGGACAGAUCGCUCCUCAAAGUAUACAACAAGGACCCUGCACACGCAUUCAAUCACACACCGAAAACUGUGAACGGAGACAUAAGGAUGCAGAGAGAAAUUGUUUAUUCAAGAGGAGACGGCCCUGGCGCCUCUCGACCUGGAUCCACAGCCCAUCCACCCCAUGCCAUCCCAAAUUCUCCACCAUCCACUCCUGUGCCCCAUUCCAUGCCUCCCUCCCCAUCCAGAAUCCCUUAUGGGGGCACCCGCCCCAUGGUUGUUCCUGGCAAUGCCACCAUCCCCAGGGACAGACUCUCGAGCCUGCCAGUGUCAAGAUCCAUCUCACCCAGCCCCAGUGCUAUUUUGGAAAGGAGAGAUGUCAAGCCGGAUGAAGACAUGAGUGGCAAGAACAUUGCGAUGUACCGCAAUGAAGGCUUCUAUGGGGACCCAUACCUUUAUCACGAGGGACGGAUGAGCAUAGCCUCAUCCCAUGGUGGGCACCCACUGGAUGUCCCUGAUCACAUCAUUGCUUAUCACCGCACAGCAAUUCGGUCUGCAAGCACUUACUGCAACCCUUCUUUGCAAGCUGAAAUGCAUAUGGAGCAGUCACUGUACAGACAGAAAUCAAGGAAAUAUCCAGAGAGCCACUUGCCUACUCUGGGCUCCAAAACACCCCCCGCUUCUCCCCACAGAAUCAGUGACCUACGGAUGGUAGACAUGCACGCCCACCAUAAUGCCCACGGGCCUCCUCACACCAUGCAGCCAGACCGGGCCUCACCCAGCCGUCAGGCCUUCAAAAAGGAGCCAGGCACCUUGGUGUUUAUUGAAAAGCCUCGGACCACUCCAGGAUUAUCCAACAUUGUGGACCUCGGCCCUCCUCUAGUUGAGAAGCAAGUGUUUGCGUAUAGCACUGCUACCAUACCCAAAGACAGAGAGACCAGAGAGAGGAUGCAAGCCAUGGAGAAACAGAUUGCCAGUUUAACUGGCCUUGUUCAGUCGGCGCUUUUUAAAGGGCCCAUUACAAGUAAUAGCAAAGAUGCAUCUAGCGAGAAAAUGAUGAAAGCCACAGCUAGUAAGAACCACACCGAUAGUGCAGGAAUGCCCCACGUUUCUGGCCGGAAGACUCUCAGUGCCCUGGAGCCCAUGGGGUCCCCCAGCCAGCCCCUGCCUGCGGGGCCCUCGGCCAUCCACAUGAGCCUGCUCGACAUGAGGCGCAGUGUGGCCGAACUCCGGCUCCAGCUGCAGCAGAUGCGACAGCUCCAGCUGCAGAACCAGGAGCUGCUGAGGGCAAUGAUGAAGAAGGCUGAGCUGGAAAUCAGUGGCAAAGUGAUUGAGACAAUGAAGAGACUGGAAGAUCCUGUACAGCGACAGCGUGUCCUGGUGGAACAGGAGAGACAGAAAUACUUGCAUGAAGAGGAGAGGAUUGUCAGGAAGUUAUGUGAGCUGGAGGACUUCGUUGAAGACCUGAAGAAGGACUCCAUAUCGCCUAGCCGAGUGGUUACUCUGAAAGAUGUGGAAGAUGGGGCCUUCCUCCUACGGCAAGUGGGUGAAGCUGUAGCUACCCUGAAAGGGGAGUUUCCAACCUUACAAAACAAGAUGCGCGCCAUCCUGCGCAUAGAGGUGGAGGCCGUGCGGUUUCUAAAGGAGGAGCCGCACCGGCUGGACAGUCUCCUGCAGAGGGUUCGGGGCAUGACUGACACGCUGACCGUGCUGCGGAGACAUGUCACUGAUGGGCUCUUGAAAGGUACAGAUGCAGCCCAGGCUGCACAGUAUGUCGCCAUGGAAAAGGCCACCGCUGCAGAAGCCCUGAAGAGCCAGGAGGAGGCACCCCACAGCGCCGGCCGUCCCCUCCCCGGCACGGGAGUCCCUGGGGACAUGAAGUCGGAAGUGGUGCCCUUGACCGUUCACCAGGCACAGAGCUCCCCUGUGGUCAUGCAGCCAUCCCAGCUGUCCUCCAGCCUGCUGAGCCCUGCCCCGCACUUGUCGGGGGGCACUGGUGCUCACCCCGCCAGCCCUGCAGCCAUCGCACAGGAGGGGACCUCAGCUAUGCAGCCCACACAGGCUCCGCAGUCUCCUCAGACGCCCAUGAAUGGCUCGGCCAUGCAGAGCUUGUUCAUUGAGGAAAUCCACAGUGUGAGCGCCAAGAACAGGGCAGUGUCUAUUGAGAGAGCAGAAAGGAAAUGGGAAGAGAAAAGGCAAAAUUUGGACCACUAUAACGGGAAAGAGUUUGAGAAGCUACUAGAAGAAGCUCAGGCCAAUAUCAUGAAGUCAAUUCCAAACCUGGAGAUGCCGCCAGCCUCAGGCCCACAGCCCUCAGCUCCCGCGGACAAGCUGGAAUUUUCUGAAGACUCUCCAAAUUCAGAACAGGACUUGGACAAGCUGGGGGCUAAAUCGCCCCCUCCUCCUCCCCCACCCCCAAGGCGGAGUUACCUGCCCGGAUCGGGGCUCACCACCACGAGGUCCGGCGAUGUGGUCUACACCAGCAGGAAGGAGAACACCAUUGCUAAGGCGAGCAGUGAAGAUGCUGGACCAAGUCCACAGGCUCGAGCCACAAAAUGUCCAGCAGAGGAGCCUGCUUCAGCCUGGACUCCACCCCCACCACCAGUUACAGCCUCCUCCUCAAAGGAUGAGGAGGAGGAGGAAGAAGGAGACAAAAUAAUGGCAGAACUCCAGGCAUUCCAGAAGUGUUCCUUUAUGGAUGUAAAUGCAAACAGUCAUGCUGAGCAGUCCCGGGCUGGUAGUCAAGUUAAAGACACUAGGCCGGGGGCCAUGGUCCCACCCAAGGAGAAGAAGAAUUUGGAAUUUUUCCUUGAAGACAUAUGGAAAUCUGAUGUUGAAUAUGAAAACGGCCCCCCAGUGGAAUCCCGAAAGGUCACUGCAGGAGCUCUAACACCUAAUGACCAUCCCAAGUGGGAGACAGGAAUGGAGAAUAGUAUUUCUGAGGCUUUAAGAACAUCUGAAUAUAAAACUGACACGUUCAUGAAGGAAAAUUCCAUAUCCAGUAAGAGUGCACUUAGAGACAGUAGAAACUCUUCCCAGAAAAAUGUGUCUAAGGUCCACUCCAGUUUCUCUGGCAUUAGUUCCUUAGAAUAUGAAAUAAACAAAGGACCUAAAUUCUCAGGACUACAGUACGCUGUAUCUGACCCUGAGAAUCAGAAGAUGAGUUAUGGAAAGAUGAAGGAGACGAGUCACCAAGGACAAGAAAAUACAGAUAAGAGCCACCUUCUCUCUCCCACUACAUCAAGUGAACUGAGUGCUUGUCAUUUCAGAACUCCAGACCAAGAGGUUCCCAUGACAGAGUUGGGCCACGUUGUUCUGAGACCCAAGGGAGCUAGGCAUGCUAAUGUGAACCCCAGUGAGGACGGAGGAUCAACACCGAGUUCUCCCACAGGAGAAAAUGCAGCCACUGACAACAUUGCCUUUAUGAUUACCAAAACUGCAGUCCAGGUUCUCUCCAGUGGGGAGGUCCGCGAUAUCAUGAGCAAAAAGGGAGAGGACGUACAGACAGUUAAUAUUGAUGCCAAAAAAGAGACAGCCUCUCAGCCAGAAGGGACUGAAAACGAAGAGCCUGUUGUAUGCCUGGACAAGAAACCAGUUAUCAUCAUUUUUGACGAACCCAUGGACAUCCGGUCUGCAUAUAAGAGACUUUCAACCAUAUUUGAGGAAUGCGAUGAGGAAUUAGAGAGAAUGAUGACCGAAGAAAAGAUAGAGGAGGAGGAAGAGGAGGAAAAUGGAGAUCCUGGGGUCCAGAAUAACAUUUCCCACGAGUUGCCCAAGAAAAGUGCGUUGGGCAGCCCAGGGUUAGGACAGCAGGCCGAGAGUCAAAUACAGCCACACCUCCUUUCUACAGAGACUGGAGCAGCAGGAGGCCAUGCAAUGAAUAAAACUGAGCUGAGCAAGUUCAGCCAAGGGGAUGUCCCAAGUUCAGAAAGCAAGUGUGAUGUGACAGGUGACCAAUUUGAAAGCCCCAAGAAAAGGUUUAAAUUCAAGUUCCCUAAGAAGCAGCUUGCAGCUCUCACUCAGGCCAUCCGCACGGGCACCAAGACGGGGAGGAAGACUUUGCAGGUGGUGGUCUACGAAGAGGAGGAAGAGGACGGCACUUUGAAGCAGCACAAAGAAGCCAAGCGAUUCGAAAUUACCAGGUCUCAACCCGAAGAGCCCCCAAAAAAUACGCUUAGGAGAGAAGAGCAGCCCAGUCUGGAGAGCACAUCUCUGAUUUCAAGAACUGAUGAAAUCAGGAAAAAUACCUACCGAACAUUGGACAGCCUGGAGCAGACCAUCAAGCAGCUUGAAACUACCAUCAGUGAAAUGAGUCCAAAAGCCCUAGCUGAUACCUCAGGCUCUUUCAACAGAGAUUCUGUUGCCAGCCCGCCCCACGUAGCCCAGGAGGCCUCUCCCCGAUCCUUGCUAGUCCUGGACGAAGCUCCCACUGCCCCAGAGCCCCCCUCAUCAAUACCGUCAGCUACACGUAAGGGCCCCGGGGGGACCCCACAGACGAGCAGGAUGCCAGUCCCCAUGAGCUCCAAGAGCAGACCUGGAAGCCUGGACAAACCUGGCAAGCAGUCCAAACUGCAGGACCCCCGCCAAUAUCGUCAGGCUAAUGGAAGUGCUAAGAAAGCUGGUGGGGACUGUAAGCCUACUUUCCCCUCCUUACCUGCUUCUAAGAUUCCAGCCCUUUCUCCCAGCUCUGGGAAAAGCAGUUCUCUGCCCUCUUCUAGUGGUGACGGCUCUAACUUCCCUAAUCCACCUGCUACUAAACCGUCGGUCACUUCUAAUCCUCUCAGCCCCCAAACAGGACGAUCUGCUCCCUCUGCCUCCCUCAUACCCUCUGUCUCUAAUGGCUCUUUAAAGUUUCAGAGCCCCACUCACACAGGUAAAGGUCACCACCUUUCAUUCUCACUGCAGACUCCAAACGGCCGAGCGGCCCCUCCCGCCUCCUCCUCCUCCCCGCCCUCCCCUGCCUCCCCCACGUCCCUGAAUCAAGGUGCAAAGAGCGUCAGGACCAUCCACACUCCUGGCCUCACCAGCUACAAGGCACAGAAUGGAAGCCCGAGCAAAGCCGCCCCUCCCACAGCAAAGGAGACCUCUUAAAGGCCAAAUCCUAUUAGGCACAAGUUGGAGUUACAUUUUAAAACAAAAAUUCUUAAGUCUUCAACAACAGUUUUCACAAGAGAAUGUAACAUAUUGCUGUACUGUUUGAGGCUUAACGCUAAGUAUGUGCUAAAUACUGAAGAAUAGAUUCAGUAAAGCUUGUUUGUUUUUUCACCUUGAUGUUGUAAUUACAUCGUGUUUACUGUCUAUAUUCAAUACCUGUUAGGUGAAGUAAGCAUGUGUUAUGAAAAGAGGAUGGGAAGAAGAAAGCGUGCGUAAGAGACAGAAAAAAUGUAUUCAGCAUGUAAAACAUGUAUGAUUCCAGAAUUUUAGUAUGUUUUGUAUAAAAAUAUUUUUCAUUACAGAGAUUAGAAGUGAACAGAGAAAUGCACAAGUGUGACUAUACAAAUUGUAAAGCAGAUACUAUAGUAUUUCCUUUUAUUUUAGUGUUAUUCAGCUUUAUUACAGAUUUCUAUUUUUGUCAAAACUUCAUGGUUCCUUUUGAGAUCUUUUCUGCCAAAACAUUUUGAUACUAUAGCAUUGUACAUUUGAAAGUAGUAUGCUAGACAGUAAGUCAGUGAACUUCUACACAAGCCAACAUGCAGAGGCAUAUGUAGAAGGCAAUUUAUCAAACCUAUUGCACUGCCAUGAAAAUGAUGUAUAAUAAUUUGCCAACCCAAGCAAGCCACUUUUCUUUGCUUUUUGUUCUUUCUUUCUUUUUCCUUUUUAACAUAUUAGGGUUCUCUAGUUGUUUUAUUUGCAGUAUCUAGACCCUUCCUUUGUUUCUGAUACCUGGUAACCCACACUAUUGCAUUGUGGAUUUUCAAAUGUACACUUCUGUACGGUUCUGUAAACUGAUAAACUUUUGUAAAUACAUAAAUUGACAUAAAAAAUACUGUAUGUGACAGCACACAGAGUAGUUUUCCCACACCAAAGUUAAUUUUUAUGCAUGCUUUAAAAAUAUAUAUUGGGAUGGGCAGAAAUGGGACUCCCCAUACAAUUUUAAAAAGCAACAAGUUUGCACAGCUAGAGUGUUUUUGUAAAUAAAUGUAUUUGUAUAACACAGUCAUGUAAUAUACAGAACUAUAAGCAGAGACUUUGCAAAACUAAAUAAAGGGCUGCAUGCUUAUUA